AUGGAGAAUAAUGGAGAGCAGGAGAUGAAGAAGGUUGUGCAGCUUAGGAUGCUGGCCUUAGUCACCACCCUCAUAGCUUUUAUCCUCACCAGUGUUUCUAAUGAGACUCAGCUCAUCCUUGUCACUGUCCAACCCAACCUUCCUCCCUUUGAUGUUCCUGCUACUGCUAAGUGGCAAUACAUCUCUGCUUUCAUAUAUUUAUUAAUAGCAAAUGUAGUAGCUUGUGCUUACGCAGUGUCUUCUCUGGUGCUGACGAUGCUGAAGCUGGCGGGGAUGGAUGUGACUAUCCUUGCCCUUGAUCUGGUUGUGGCAGUGCUUCUCUUCUCCGGCAACGGAGCAGCUGCCGCCAUUGGUGUUGUGGGAUACAAAGGGAAUGGGCAUCUGAGGUGGGAGAAGGUCUGUAAUGUGUUCAUGAAGUUCUGUCGCUUCAACACAGCCUCCAUUGCUGUUUCUAUUAUUGGAGCCCUCAUCUUUCUUAUGCUAGCAGUGUUCAGGGCUUUGCUUCUCCACAAGAGGACUCUCUAGAUUAUUGGCUCCUUUUCAAUUUGGAUCUUCAGGGCAAGUAAGCAAGCAAUGAUCUUAGAUUUUCAUCUUCAUCUUCAUCUUCUUCUUCCACCUUUCAUUUGUAAGUUUGGGUACCAUGGCAACUGUUUGAUAAAGGGUAU